AUGGAUGAUUAUUGGCUCACCACACAGCGACAAACCAAUGAAGUAUCCAUCUUGAAACGAAAAGGGGAGACGAGUGCGGCCAAGGCUUCUCAGCCCAAAAAGAGCACCAAAGACAAAAAGUUGUCAUCUUCAGUUGAUAAAGAAGGAAUAGUAGAUUUCAGUAAUACAGGCCCAUCAGGACAAUCUCAUGUCAUUGUUUGGAAUGAUAGUCAAGGUGUAGAGGUAUUAAGUGCUUCGUAUGAAUUAAAAGAUGAAUUUAAGAAGGCAAUUUUAAAAACCUUUAAAAAUUCGGAUCACAUCAAUAUCCAAUAUCGCAAAACUCUUGACUACCAGAUGAACGCAUCAUCUGAGGACUUGUUUUUUUUUAAAAUACUGUCCCAUUUGAUUGAAGCCUAUCAAAUCAAUAGUCACAUUUUUAACAUUGAAGAACAAAGGCACUUAAGUGAAAAGAAUUUUGACCAUAAGAUCUAUGCCCGACUUUUGGAGUUACUCUUCUCAGACCGAAUCGACAUAAAAAUCAGAAGCGGGGAAACUAAAAUGGAUAACUUUAAGCUCGAUUAUCGUAUUGGCUUUUAUCACAAAAGUUCAUUUAUCGAUGUAUCCAACAUUGAUGUCAGUAAAGCUGCCACGGUCACCAAAGUAAAGGACCACCACGACCAUUUCAAACUGAUUCGUUCAAACGGUGUGGAUCUCGGCAUUAAAUUUUCACAAACCGAAAAGAGUCUGGGUUGUAUCCAUGCCAAAGCAACCAAAAAUAUGGACGCUGUUCAUCAAUGCGGAGAAAUUUACUUUGAAGAAACUUUAAAGACUACCGUAUUUGACUUUGAAAGGACUCAUUUUGGUCGUGAAUAUGUUACUUCUUGUGGUGGUGAUAUUAUUGAAAGUGCUGAAUCCGGUGAUAUCUUAAAGGAGCAUACUAAGAUCGGUAGUAAAGUGUUGCAUUUGGUGAGUGAUCUGGGUCAAGUUGUUCAUUAUUUAAAUCGUGAGGUUUGUAACUUUGAAUUCGUUGCCUAUGUGAAUAUCAUCGUGGAUGACGGUUACGUCUCCCCUACCGGGUGGUUAGCCAUUAAAAAGGAUCUCCAGAUAUUCCUUUUCUUCAUCAGCGGUCGUGAUACCAACCAAGUAAAUACUACUGUCGGUCGUGUCGGAGUACCCGCAACCUUUAAAUCAUCGACUUCCAAGGACCUCAACUCUGUUCUCGAAAACCUCGAAGAGAUCUGUGAAGGUACUGAUGCUGUUGAACUGCGCGUGGAUCUUUUACAAAAGCCUGAUUUGAAUAUGUCGAUGAACAUCUCUCUUGCGUAG